UCUCUCGGGGCUGACUCGGGAGUACGGUCGCUACCGGAGCAGCCGCCGCCGCCACCGCCACCACUAGCAGGGUAUGGCCAUGGCAUCCCCGGCCAUCGGGCAGCGCCCAUACCCUUUACUCUUGGACCCCGAGCCGCCACGCUACCUACAGAGCCUGGGCAGCCCGGAGCCUCCGCCGCAUCCCGGCCGAUCGUCGCGCCGCUGCGCCCCCGCGUCCCUCUCCACUGCGCCCGGGGCGCACGAGGGGCGCGGCGCCCGGAGGGCAGCCAGGGGAGACCUGGAGCCCCAAGCCCGGGCUUCCCGACCCCCUCGCUCUCUCCGGCCUGGUCUGCAGCAGAGACUGCGGCGGCGGCCUGGGGCGCCGCGACCCCGCGACGUGCGGAGCAUCUUCGAGCAGCCACAGGAUCCCCGCGUCCCGGCGGAGAGAGGCGAGGGGCACCGCUUCGCCGAAUUGGAGCUGCGGGGCGGCCCCGGCUGGUGUGACCUGUGCGGACGCGAGGUGUUGCGGCAGGCUCUGCGCUGCGCCAACUGUAAGUUCACCUGCCACCCGGAGUGCCGUCGCCUGAUCCAGCUGGACUGCAGUCAGCAGGGAGGCCCCACCCGGGACAGACCCUCUCCGGAGAGCACCCUCACCCCCACCUUCCACCAGAAUGUCUGUAAGCCUGUGGAGGAGACGCGGCGGCCACCCACGCUGCAGGAGAUCAAGCAGAAAAUCGACAGCUACAACACGCGGGAGAGGAAUUGCCUGGGCAUGAAGCUGAGUGAAGACGGCACCUACACAGGUUUCAUCAAAGUGCAUUUGAAACUGCGGCGGCCGGUGACGGUGCCAGCCGGGAUCCGGCCGCAGUCCAUCUAUGACGCCAUCAAGGAAGUGAACCUGGCGGCCACCACCGACAAGCGGACCUCCUUCUACCUGCCACUCGAUGCCAUCAAGCAGCUGCACAUCAGCAGCACGACCACGGUCAGCGAGGUCAUCCAGGGGCUUCUCAAGAAGUUCAUGGUCGUGGACAACCCCCAGAAGUUUGCACUUUUUAAGCGGAUACACCAGGAUGGGCAAGUGCUUUUCCAGAAACUCUCCGUGGCCGACUGCCCUCUGCAUCUGCGCUUGCUUGCUGGCCCCGACACCGAGGUCCUCAGCUUUGUGCUGAAAGAGAAUGAGACUGGAGACGUGGAGUGGGAUGCCUUCUCCAUCCCGGAGCUCCAGAACUUCCUGACAAUACUGGAAAAAGAGGAGCAGGACAAAAUCCAGCAAGUGCAGAAGAAGUAUGACAAGUUUAGGCAGAAACUGGAAGAGGCCUUACGAGAAUCCCAGGGCAAACCUGGGUAACCGGUCCUGUUUCCUCUCCUCCUGAAGCCCUCGGAUUUAUUUUUAUUAUUAUUAAUUAUUAUUUUGCAACAGAUACUUUUUCUCAGGACGCCUGUGGUGGGCACACGUGUGUUGGGCCUGCAGUUCCCGAGGUGGCACCCCCUCUCCUGGGGACAGCUGUCUGCAGGGUGCCUGCCUGCCUGUCCUGCCCUGCUGCGCCCCCUUGAUUCUGCCCAGGGAUCAGUGCUCCUGUACACAGAACCACCGUCGUCCUCUCAGUCUGCGAGCCUUUCACAAACCAAAUAGCUGCCUCUCUCGU